UGCUUACGUAAGGUCAAUAGAGGUCAUCACAUGUCAAAGGUCAGCGUGUUCAACAUGGCGGCGGCGGACGAACUUGGUCGAGAUGCAGACAUGGAAGUGGGACCAUUAGAAGCCCAGGGAGCCACAGCAGGCUCAGGUGCGUGUCUCCCCAGUGGAGCAGACCCCCUGGUGGAACACAUGAUCAGGAGGGUCGCAGAGAGCGAGGCACGGAUCAAGAACCAGUCACGUGACGAGCCAGACCUCACCACUCAGCAGAAGAUGGACAUUGUGAGGGGCAUCCUGGAGAAAUCUCACCUGACUUUCAUGGAGAGGUUCUGGAAGUACCUGGCAGAGGAGGAUCUGGAGUAUUUCCAGAGGAUGCAGAACAGUUAUGAGCUGGACUUUUACAUGAAGGAGGUAAAAAAAAGGUUGGACAAUGCUAAGAAAAAGACUGGGGUGAAGAACAGGAGGUAUGAAGCCAUGCAGAGAAUGCUGCAGGAUGGCUCCUACUUCAGUGAGGAGGAGAUGAGACAGAGAGACCCACUGUUGUAUGAACAACACAUCGGACAAUUCCUGGACCCUGAGGAGAAGAACGAGAGGUCAGCUGAUCCAGAAAUGUCGUUAUCACAGAUGAUCAUGGGACAGAUAGAAGAGAAGAUAAUUGAGAGCAAGCUUGCUUGGCAGAUGGAGAGGGAGGAUGACAUGUUGGAGGAGGAGGAGGAUAGUGAUGAGGAAGAGGAGGAAGACAAUG